AUGGGUGGCAACCAAGAAACGUAUAUCAGUACUAGCGGGAGCCGGUCCCCCUACUACAGCUCACGCACCACAUCACCGUCAUCGAGCAGCAACUCAAGGUCCUCGGCGAAUUCUGUUUCUUACAGGUCUGGUUCUGCAGAUAACCACAAUGUUACCGCCCGAGAAAAGAGCAAGGUCGUUGUUAUCCACCACCACCAGCCCAAUCCGGCCAGGGAUGAGCCUCGAUCUUCAGAUUAUUAUAGGAGAUAA